CGAUAAUUGGUUCUCUCAGCAGAAAAAAAAUAAACAUAACAUUUUAUUGGAAACUAUUUUUGGGCAUUCUCUUGUAUUAAAAUCUUUUAAGGGGAAGUCCCUUAAAAGCGUGAUGUAACCUGUGUACGCUACCUUAUAACGAUAAUCGUAAACUUAAAUGCUUAUUUGAGGCGCUUUUCGGUGUGCGCUAAAUAAGUCAUAAAAAUGAAUAUUCCCACUGUGUAUAAUUUCCUCUAUAAUCUAGGCAAAAUCCCCAUCAGACACAUUCCAAAAUAACGGCUUGAACAUACGACAUACGACAGCGCGACUCUGUUUAAUCUUUCCCUACCCCCAUACAUUCUUGAUUAGCCAUUCCGUCCAAACGUGAUCGGGGGGAAUUCUGUCAUGCCUAGAAAACACGUGUGGAAACGUGUUGCAAGUCAGGAACCGGGUGACUUUUUGCCUCCGAUGUGCCUUUGCAGUCGUAAUAAAUAAGUGAUUCGGAACCAGCAAAACCACAGACGAUGCGUAUCACCCCCGACUCGGAAUCCCCCGCAGCCUAGCCUGGAUCGAGGAUCGAUCGCUGGCGGUCGCACCGUGUAGCUGUAGAGUACUCGCGGGGUGGAAUGUGCAGUUGUGCAGUGGCCCCACUAAUUAUAUUUACACAUUAGUGGGAAACAGGGAGCUUUGGUCUGUACCUGCUGUUUAGCAUACCGGCAUGAUAGCUAGCGCUCGCGGGUGUUAGGAAUCAACCACGCUGCCCGUCAUCACAGUCGUCUGUGGCGUUGCUGUCUGUAGUAUAGAGUUGUUGUAGGAUUGGUUGUUAGUACUGUUUGAUUCCAGAGCGAGAGUUUGUUAUGAUAUCAAUGGGGUAAAAAAGGUUCAGCAUGCGCAGUCAUAUUUCGAUCGUGGUGGGAUCAAGUUGUGAGGUAGCCCAAUAAACGCGGGGACUAUCAAAGUGAUUCGACCAACUAAGAGGAUAUAGCAUUUUAAAGUGUUGCCUUGAUUUCCUGAAGAGAUUAGUUACCAGCAGUGGAGGAAGCAUUUGGUGCAAAGUGAAAGGAGAUCUCAAAUCAUUUCCUUGAAUCCGGGAGCACAAGGUGAAUCAAAUACUCAGUUAUUUCCGUAGAAGUUUGAAUACCGGAAACGUGAUAUUUGUAGAUGUUUUGGCCUUUGUUCUUGAAUACAAACAUGUACCGAUAAAUUAGGAAACGAAUGUGCAAUAGCGAAGGGAAUCAAGCAGUCGGAUUUGUACUUUUCAAAAGCCCAUCGAAAAGUGUACUAGAGAAUUUCCAGCCAAAUCAAAUUAUUAUGUGCUAUUAGUUCUGAUAUUCCAAAGUAAAAGGCAUCUUAAAAGCCGGAUGUUAAACGAUAUUACUAUAUAUUUGUAAAAACGUGUAGUGAAAGUUCUCCCAUAACUGCGGCAAAAUGAGAUCACACGUCAGCCCGGACGGUUCUUACAUCAACGAAGGAAUGAACUGCUCAUCGUUGGAUAUAACAAUGCCAAACGGAGAGCCCCAUGGUGGUCUCACCGGAUCGAAUGAAUUCAUUUUAUCAUCCAGCGGUCAGAAAAUUUCCGCCGACAGUCGCAUGGAAGAGGUGAACCAAUGGUGCCAACGCAAAGCGAAAAGUGCUUGUUCUAGGAAAAUGUUACUCAAACGCCUGCCAAUUUUAAGGUGGCUGCCAUGCUACAACGGCAUAGAUGCUGUGGGAGACUUGGUGGCGGGAAUAACCGUCGGUCUCACUGUGAUUCCUCAAGCACUCGCCUAUUCCGGUAUAGCCGGGCUUCCCGCUGCGUACGGUCUGUAUGGUUCCUUCGUAGGAUGUAUCGUGUACAUUUUCCUCGGUAGCUGCAAAGACGUCCCGAUGGGGCCGUCCGCCAUAUCUGCUCUACUAACAUAUCAAACGGCACGCGGAAACGUGCAUAAGGCUGUUCUGUUGUCCUUCCUAGCUGGAAUCAUUGAACUGCUGAUGGGUAUCUUCGGAUUGGGCUUUCUGGUGGAUUUCGUAUCCGGACCGGUGUCCUCGGGAUUUACCUCAGCAGUGUCGCUGAUUAUUGUAACGUCGCAAAUCAAGGAUGUCUUGGGUAUUUCGGCUAAAGGAACCACAUUCCUGGAAAUUUGGCAAUCAAUCUUCAAAGACAUUCACAACAUUCGAGCGUGGGAUACCGUGCUGGGUAUCACAUGCAUUGCGGUGCUACUUAUUAUGAGAAUUGUAGCAGGACUGAAGGUGGGACCCCACGAGGACGAUCUCAAAUCGAAGAAACAUCGAAUCAUCAAUAAGUUCAUGUGGUUGAUUGGAACAUCCCGCAAUGCCAUUCUAGUCGUAGUCUGCGGUGCCAUAGGAUACGUCUUUCAAUCGUCAGCCUCAGCUCCAUUCAAACUGAUCGGCGAUAUUCCUCCCGGUUUGCCAUCAUUCCAAGUUCCUUCGUUUACUCUUAAUGCCAAUCAGACAUCCAGUGGUCGGGAGGAAAGCUUCGCUGAAAUUGUGUCCAGCUUGGGCUCGGGAUUGAUUGUGGUACCUUUGAUCUCGCUCAUGGAGAAUAUUGCCAUUUGUAAAGCUUUCUCUAACGGUAAACCCGUCGAUGCCACCCAGGAGCUGAUCGCCAUUGGUGUUGCCAACGUUGCCAAUUCCUUCGCACAAGGUUUCCCGGGAACCGGAGCCCUCAGCCGAGGUGCCGUGUUUAACGCUUCGGGGGUUCGUACGCCCCUAGCCAACAUCUAUACUGGUGCGUUGGUCAUACUUUCGUUGAUGUUCUUCACGCCGUACUUCUCGUUCAUUCCUAAAGCCACCCUUGCUGCCAUCAUUAUUGCUGCGGUGGUCUUCAUGGUCGAAGUCAAAGUCGUGAAACCCAUGUGGCGAACAAAGAAAAGCGACUUAAUCCCUGGAUUGGGAACAUUCAUUGCCUGUUUGGCUUUGCCAUUGGAAGUCGGAAUACUGCUAGGAGUGGGUUUGAACGUAAUUUUCAUUCUCUACCAUGCUGCAAGACCCAAGAUCAAUGUCGAACGAUUGACGAGUCCUGCCGGUACGGAAUAUCUCAUUAUCACCCCCGACCGUUGCCUCAUCUUCCCAUCGGUGGACUACGUGCGGAAUCUGGUGACGAAGCAUUCCAUUCGCCAAUCGCUGCCGGUUGUGAUAGACUGCUCACACGUGUACGGAGCAGACUAUACAGCCGCAACGGUGAUCGAAAGUAUUACUCAAGACUUUGCAAAACGUGAUCAACCAUUGUUCUUCUACAAUUUGAAGCCCAGCGUUUGUGCAGUAUUUGAAGGGCUGUCCCCUGUGGACUUUAUUGUUUACUACCGAGAAGAGGAUCUGGAUGAGCUGAUGAGGGAAAAGGCAUACAAACCAAAACAGGUUUUAAGUGCAUAGACAUCGCUAGAUUCUUUUGUCGUCAAUUCAGGUUAAAAUCAGUAUUACUUAUUAAAAAGUACACUAUAGUUACCUAGUAACGCAGGCGUAACACUUAGACAUUUAGGGUCGAUUCCAUUGUAUAAAGAUAAAUAUUGAUUUGAACGAUGAUUUUAAUAUUUAUUUAUACGAUAUACGUAAUAUCCGUUUUGCUAGGUAACUUCUUUUCGGUUUAACAUUUGUACACGAUGAUAGAUGAAAAGUUUUUAAAGUAUUAUGAUUUUCCAGCAGUACGUAAAAUUUGUGCAUACAUGAUAAAAAAAAAUGUGCGAAUCGAAUAUGGAGAAUAGACUUGUGAAUUAAUAAUCUUAUUAGAAAUUGUAAAUCAGACUUGGAGAAACCCUAGCUUAAUUGUAUUUAUUAAUAUCUAAGCAUUGUAUACCUAUAUUCUGAAGGUGAAUACUAUGCACAAAUUACAUGA